CAUUACAGAAAUCUUUUAUCGUAAAUCCAGUACAAUCUAGAUCCGCCCGUGGUUCUAUAAAGUGACAGCAAUUGUGUGAGACUGUUAUUGUAACACACCAGCUGCAGCGCAAAAUCCUAUUAAUGCCUCACAAUGUGAACACACGAACAUCUGGCCAAGAAUGUGGACAAACCUUUUUUGAACCAAUGUAUGCAGCCUGUCAUAGCCCGGACAUCGCUGUGCGCAAGCAACACUACCUACGUAAAGUGCUUACGUGCGUUUACGCGUAAAUGUGAUUACGUUUACUCAGAUGGAAAUGUGGGAAAGCGGAUGUAGAGGAGUUACAAAAUGGUAUAAAUAUCCUUGGUGGACAUUGGACAACUUACUUUAUUGAACUAAAAAUGUUGCCCUGGAUCGCUUUCUUCAUUUUAGCUUUGGGAACCGCCGGAGCCGUUGAAAAUUUCGUCGAAAAUGUGGUUCCAUCGGUUCGAAAAUUGUCUGAAGAUGAAAUGAGGAUGAGUCGAGAGGCUGGUUACAGCUAUGUCGAUCGAUUGACCCAACUGGAAGAGGACCUUUUCGCACAGGGACAAUACGUCAAGGAAGACUCACCCUUUUACCGCAUGUCACAGUUCAAGAGACCCAACCCAGAAGCCCAGGAACUCUCACGCAAAUCCCUCCUUAUGUUGGAAGCUACUCGAUACCUUAGAGCUCAAAUGAGCUUGACGAACGAAGAAGGUGGCACUGGUCUUCUUCAAGCCACAUCCAGAUUCACCGUUAUUAAUGAUACCUGCCUAACUGCUACAACGUGCCCCAGCAGUCCAUCCAAGUAUCGAACAGCGGAUGGUUCCUGCAACAGCUUGUCGAUCACAAAUCUUGGCAAGGCUAACACCGACUACCGCCGCUUGACUACACCAGCCUACGCCGAUGGUAUCGAAUCUCCACGUGUGGCCAGCGAUGGUUCAGCAUUGCCUAGUGCCCGUCUUGUCAGUGUCAGAGUCCUUGGAGGAGCCGAAAAACCAACCAAUGCCACAGCCCUAGCCCUGAUGCAGUUUGGACAACUGAUUAAUCACGAUUUUCAAUCGUCAACUACUUUCACCUUCUCAAACGGGACGGACAUUAGUUGCUGUACGUCUGCUGGUGGUUCUUUAGACGCUUCGCAGCUACAUUCGGCCUGUCUACCCAUUUCCGUCGCAAUCAAUGACAAAUUCUUUAAUCCCAAAAACGCAACAACCAAAAUUACUUGCAUGAACUUUGUCCGAUCAAUUGCUGGGCCCCGAUUGGACUGCAGUCUUGGAUACGCUGACCAGCUCAAUCAAAACACGCACUGGUUGGAUGGAUCUACGGUUUACGGGUCGAAUAGUGCCACUUUGGCCACGCUUCGUCAAUACACCGGUGGUCUUCUAAAGGUAACAAGAGAUGCAACCAACAAUCGUGAUUUGCUUCCCAUCACUUCCACCUGUACGACUGGUGCUUGCUUCUACGCUGGGGAUUCAAGAGCUACUGAACAGCCACAGUUAACUGUUAUGCACACUCUUUGGCAUCGCGAACAUAACCGGGUCGCCAAGGCUUUAUCUGCUCUUAAUCCUACCUGGAGCGACGAAACCAUCUUUCAAGAAGCCAGACGAAUUGUGGUUGCUGAAAUGCAGCACAUUGCCUACGAUGAAUUUAUUCCCGCUUUAUUGAGUCCGGGAAUCAUUGCCAAGUAUAACCUUGCUCCUUUGGCAUCCGGCUUCUUUACCAACUACACUGGUUUGACGAAUGGCCCAAUCAGUAACGAAUUCGCCACAGCAGGAUUUCGCGUCGGACAUUCUCUCGUUCAAGGAACCGUGAAGUUGUACUCGGAAGACGGCACAUUGCUUACCUCUUCGUAUACAAUGAGUGACACGUUCAAUGACCCGUCAAGAAUCGUCAACGAUAAAACUUACUUCGAUGCAGUUAUUCGCGGACUCCUCACGCAACUGUCGGCGUCAGCUGAUCACACAAUCGACGACUCCCUGUGGAACAAACUUUUCCGAGCGGCCAACGCUACUUGGGGUUUCGAUGUAGCUGCCUUAAAUAUUCAACGUGGCCGUGAUCACGGUCUUCCCAGUUACAACACAUAUCGUCAACUUUGUGGUUUCAACAAAGCCACUAGUUUCGAUGCUUUGACGAACGUCAUUUCUUCAUCUGACCCAAUUAUAAAAUCUGAUCUGUCUACGAUUAUGGGGCAGGUGUAUGGCUCAGUUGACGAUAUUGACGUAUUUGUGGGAGGACUAGCUGAAGUCCCGUUUCCGGGUGCUAUCGCUGGCCCAACUAUGAGCUGUCUGAUUGCUGAACAAUUUAACAAGUUAAAGUUUAGCGAUCGCUAUUUCUACGAGCUGGGAGGUCAGCCGCAUUCAUUUACUGCAGCUCAAUUGGCCGAAAUUAAGAAAGCCAGUUUGGCACGCAUCUUCUGUGACAAUAGUGAUGGAACAGUAUUGAGCGUCCAGCCCAAUGCUUUCGCGGUUGCUUCUGCAACGAAUCCUAGAGUUCUGUGCACCAAUACUGCCAGUAUCCCUGCACUGGAUUUGUCUCUGUGGAAAAACGAAGUACUGUUCUAAAAAAUCGCAGCAAUUCUGUUUAUCUUGUUACCUAAUAAGAUCCCCCAAUUUUAGUAUUCUAUCUACAUGGUAUUUGGUAUAAUCUAUAUAAUCUACACAUCAUUUGGUAAUCUAGGUAUCUUGGAAUAAUAGUUUAGCAAAAACUGAAAUUACACGCAAUAUGUAAUUGA